UGCGUAGCUGAUUCAACUGACACAAUAUUUUCUUUUGCCAUGUCUCGCGUACUAGACGACGGCGUAGCAAUAAAAAUUGAGGAAAACUCGAACCCGAGAGAUGACAUGGAAAAUACAAAGAUAGAUAGUAAGUUAUAUGAGUAUGUGAAGCAGGACAAUAUUGAGGAAUUUAAAAGCCGCGUCCAGCAACGUUUAGCGGAGAAGCUAGUGACUCCCUGUGGGAAUACACUACUUCACGUAGCUGUAAGCUAUGGAAGUGACAAUAUUACAUCUUAUCUAGCUGGAACGUUUCCUUCUCUAAUCACCAUCCAAAACAGCCAGAAGGACACAAUCCUUCAUCUUGCAGCCAGAGAAGGAAAGGCCAGUCAUACAAUUAAAUCUCUUGUGGAAUCGAAUCCGAGCUUGAUGAGGAAGACAAAUACAAAGGGAAACACUCCUUUGCAUGAUGCAGUGAUCACCGAAAACAAAGAAGUUGCCAAACUCCUAGUUUCCAGAGAUCCAGAAGUGGCCUAUUACAACAACAAUAAUGGCAAGUCUCCUUUAUAUCUGGCUGUUGAGAAUGGCAAUAAGAACGGGAUACUUGAUGAUCUCUUGAAUUUGGGAGCUUCGUUCCCUAUAAAAAGUGAAGAUGGUAAUGCCCUACCAGAAGGAAAGUCCCCUGUUCAUGUUGCCAUCAAGCAACGUAACAGAGAUAUUUUGGAGAAAAUUCAAAAGGAACAGCCAGAGCUAUUACGUCUCACCGAGGAAGAGUUGGGUAAUUCACUGCAUUAUGCAUCAUCCAUAGGUUUUCUCGAAGGAGUUCAAUUCCUAUUAAAGAUGUUUGACGAUGGUGCUUAUGAAACAAACCUUGAAGGCAACUAUCCUAUCCAUGUAGCAUGCAAAAGUCACUCUGUUGAUGUAGUGAAGGAAUUUCUUGAUAAAUUCCCAUAUCCAAAAGAAUUCCUCAAUAAGAAAGGGCAGAACAUUCUUCAUGUAGCGGCCAAAUAUGGAAAUGGCAGUGUGGUUAGUUACAUACUCAAACAGGACCAGAAGCUCGUCGCACCGCUGCUAAAUGCGAUAGAUGACCGUGGAAAUACACCUUUGCAUUUGGCAGCACGUUAUGGCCGUCGCAUGGCUACAUUUCUUCUUGUGCGUGACAAUCGCGUUGAACAUUUCAUUGUGAACAAUAGAAAUUGGACACCAUAUGAGUUGGCUGAAGAUUUUUCCAAAAGAUUUGAAGAGAAAUACAUGAAAACAGAUGAAAUGCGUGCCAAGGAACGAAAGCAGUUUGAUUCAAAGAACAGUACCCCUGCGCACGAGAUCAAGGGCAAAGAAGUUGAUUCAAAUAAGAUGGAUACAAAAGAGGCAUCAUCAAAGGACGGAAUAGUGGUUUGGUAUUUUGACUUGGUGAUGACAUUAUCGAUCUUAUUCGUCAAUGCCCGCCCUAAGAAAUCCCUCAAGGAGCUUUUCCCUGUUACUGGACUACCCGUGUCACUAGCAAAAGAGGAAACAAAGAGCAUGAUAGGGAAUCUUCUAGUGGUAGCAGUGCUUGUUGCUGGUGUAACCUUUGCGGGUGUAAUACAAUUGCCACAAUUAAGGGAUAACAAUAACUCAAGUGAUCGUCGUCAUGAAUUUAACAGCACUUAUACUGCCUCCCAUUACAGCACUUAUGAGAAUCUUCUGUAUGGUUAUUUGUUUCUCGAUGUGGGGGCUUUAUCUUCCUCUCUGCUGGCAGCUCUACUCCUUCUUUUGGCAAGCUUUAGUAUUCCCAAAUUCCAAAUCCCUGCAACUGCGUUUUCAAGUAUCAUGGUUUGUUUGGCUAUUUACAUGAUGUUCGGGGCAAUCCUUUUUUCUCUGAGAAUAGCAUUAAUAGGAUCCCAUCGUUGGUUGUUAACAAUCAUCAUUACAGGGGUGGCCUUUGUUUUUCCUUCGAUUAUCCCGCUAUUUGGCGACGCGGUUCUUCUACCAGUGCUCAUGCAUUAUAUCUACUACUACUUAUUUUUAUUGCUUAUCUACAGAAGCUGGUGGCAGACUAAUAAACUCUCUGAUCUCAAGAGAAAGCUCUCUGAUCUCAAGAGAAAGCUCUCUGAUCUCAAGAAAAAGCACAAUCUUUAGUAGGAUCAGAGGUCGGGAUUUUGGGAUCGAUAACAUCUUGGAUUGCGUCUGGCUAGCGAUUGUGGUAAUAAUUUGAACUUUGUAAUAACUCUUGAGUUUCCAAUUGAAUGUAUGCGCACUUCUACUUUA